AUGUCAUCGGAAAGCUUUACAGAAACGAUCCCCAGGUAUAUUUUAAAAGGAAGUGAUGAACCAUUGAAAAAGUCAAAAUUAACUUUGGAAGAAAGACACAAAUUGUGUUUGUCGGUCGGUGAAGAAUGCAUCCAGGAGGCCGAGUUAUUGGAGCUAUUAAAGAGGAAGGAACAUCCAAUUUGCUAUGACGGAUUUGAACCUUCGGGAAGAAUGCACAUUGCUCAAUGCAUAUUAAAAACUAUUAAUGUGAAUAAACUAACAGAAUGUGGAUGUAUUUUCGUAUUUUACGUAGCAGACUGGUUUGCUCUGCUGAACAAUAAAAUGGGAGGUGACCUUGAAAGGAUCAAGAUAGUUGGUGAAUAUUUUGUUCACAUUUGGAAAGCUGCGGGAAUGGAUAUGACCAAUGUAAGAUUUGUUUGGGCAUCAGAUUUCAUUAAUGGUGAAGAUUCAAAUGAGUACUGGUUAAGAGUAUUUGACAUAUCUAGGAAAUUUAAUAUCACCAGAAUUAAAAGAUGCUGCCAAAUCAUGGGAAGACAAGAAAGUGAUGAACAACCUUGUGCUUCAGUAUUUUAUCCAUGCAUGCAAUGUGCAGAUAUAUUCCAGCUCAAAGCAGAUAUUUGCCAGCUAGGGAUGGAUCAAAGAAAAGUUAAUAUGCUUGCUAGGGAAUACUGUGAUGUAGCUGGGAUUAAACAAAAGCCAGUCAUCCUCUCGCAUAAAAUGCUUCCAGGACUGCUUGAGGGACAAGAAAAAAUGUCAAAGUCAGAUACUUCUUCUGCUAUCUUUGUAGAAGAUACCCCUGAAGCUGUUGUUAAAAAAAUCAAAAAGGCUUUCUGUCCCCCAGGAGUUAUUGAAGGAAAUCCGUGCAUUGAAUAUAUUAAUGCCUUGGUAUUCCCCAAAUUUGGCCAUUUCCAUGUUUCCAGAAAAGAAGAGUAUGGAGGCGACAUUACUUUUACUACUAAAGAAGACUUCCACAAGGCAUAUCUUAGCGGAGAUCUUCACCCUGGUGAUUUAAAAAAGGGUCUUUCCGAUGCACUGAAUCUUAUGCUACAACCAAUUCGUGACCAUUUUAACACUGAUCCUAGGGCCAAGGAACUUUUACAACUUGUUCAGUCAUUCAAAGUCACCAAGUAA